GCUAGCUCCUCCCGGUCGCGGUGCAGAGUGCUGCGGAGGCCCUGCGGGCGAGUGUCUCAAAUCUGUGGUUGCCGUGGUGACAAGGACGGCAUCACAGUUACUGCUGCAAAGCAACAGCUCCCAGCGGCACGCAGAAGUGUUAGACCAGACAACUGCUCUCAGCAGAGUGUCGCACCGCGCCGCGCGCGCCGUGCACCAAUAAUAUCAGAGCCACCAGCGCAUGCGCCGAAGCGCCAGCGACCUCGCAUUUUUGUACAUAAGAGACGCGGCGCAAGAGAAAAAAAUGGAGACGAGUCCGGAACAGAAGCCGGCCGAGGAACCACAAACCAGUACGGUCAAGGUCUUCGUCCACGACUCGUCGUUUAGCAGCGAAGAGUUAUUAGUCUCGCCAACAGCUUUUCCAGAUGUAAAAGACGGAGGUGUCGUCUUCGUCGACUUCAGCACGAAGAACAACGAGUCCGCGCGCGUCGUUUUGAGGGCCACGCUCAUGAAGGACGAGGACGAGACCACAAAGUCGAAAAGAUUCGCUUUGUCACUCCUGAAACCGGUGGCCGAGGCCUUCGACGUCGCGCCCUGGGCCGACGCUUCUGUAGAACCGUGCAACGACCCCGCCAAUGAAGCUGCGGCCGAGUACGUGGAAUUCAUGUUCAAGGACCAGUUCGUGUCGCGGGCGGACCUGUGGCGCUUCAAGCGGUUGGUGAUUGGCAGGACGUUGCAUGUCGGGCAACAUGUCGCGGUCGGCGGCAUGCGCGCGUCGACGAACGUCCUGAGAGCGAAAGAAUCUUGUGGCGUGCUCGCGUCGGGGUGUGUUGUUGCGUCGACGCGAUUGACAUUCAGAACAAGAUCUUCACGCAUUUUUUGGUUGGUGCAAUUGUCCUACGAGUCCUGGGAGCCCACCGGUGGGGCGGACGGCGCGACGCAUGUGGAGCGACUCGUCGACGGUUUCGCGGCACCCUUGCUCCAGAGGUGGAGGAAAUUAGACGUGAACCACUCCCUGUCCGUGGUGUUGUUUGCGCGAGUCUCGGGCGGCGGCAUCGAGCGACACAGAGACGUCUACCGAGUAGUGCUAGAAAACGAGGCCGCUUCGAAGGCGGAACCAGCUACACUCGUAUCAGCCCUGAAACGAGAAUUAGUGGCCUUCGCCGCAUCCCUAGCAUCAGUAGUGCCGCCGAAUGAAUUGCGAGUCUGCCGCGCCGCCGACGGCAACGUGCUGGAGGCCAUCAACCUCACCCUAAACGUACUGGAGAAGCACUACAUGGAUAGAGACGUCCAAAGAACAGGAAAUUCGAUAGUCUUGAUCUCCGCCGGGAGUGGCGUCUUCGCCGUCGACGCGCGACUCGCGAGAGUUACGAAGCAGCGCAUGAUGGAUAAUGGGAUUGGCAUGGACAUGUUGUCGCUAGCGGUGCCCCCUCUCCACACGGCGCCCAUCUUCAUGCAUAGAGGGAUCAACAACACGAAAGCUACGGCCUACGAGGUUCCUCAUUGGAUCAAUUUGUCGUUCGUCGACCCCGAGCGAGCGGCCGACGCGCUCGCUUGGGUCGCUGCCGCGGCGCCUCGACGCGCUCGCGACGGCUGGCGCAUGGCGCGCUUGGAUCUGCUUACGACGGAACCGGAGGAGGAGGAGUUGAAGCCCGUUGUGGAUCAGGAGCAACAAGUGAGGUUACGAGCAUUAGCUCAGCGACGAAGGCGUGUCCCGGAUUUGCUCGCUCACUUGGUGGGGGCGGAGCUAGACACGUCGCAACCGCCUCUCCAACGACCUCGACGCUUCAUCCAGCAGAAAAAGUCCUCGAGAGAUAGGCAAGAGUCCGUAUCGUUCGGGAGUCCGGGGAACCUGGCCCAGUCUCUAGGGCAUGCGUCCAAUGAGGACGCGUCGUCGCUCGCGUCGUCGGCCGGCGCGCCCUGGCGGCCCUGGCUCCACCUCGGAAGCCCGUCGGAUAGUGGAGUAUCUCUGUCUUGGAGGGACAAGUCGACACCAGACGAUACGCCUGACCAGACUCAUCGACGGACGCCGUCGAUGCUGAGUGAAGAGGACGACGAGGCCUUACCCUAUGCCUACGACGUCGCGGCGUCCUUCGCCGGAAGUCUCUCCACGACGGCCUCGAAAUCGCCUCCCGUCUCGAGAAGAACGCUAUCAGGCAGUCAACAGCGACCGCGACAACUCGCGACGCGCCCGCGACCACCUCCCACACCGGCGCCGGAGGACCUCGCGGCCAAGUUCGACGCCCACGACAUGAUGGCCUACUACGGCGACCCGGCCGACGAGACUCCUCACAUCAAACCUUCAAGGACAAUAACCGGUGAGUUCGGGAGCCCGCCCCAGGAGAGCUCUUUCUUGGCCCGGAGCCAGCCCCCGAUGCGUCGGAGAAGAGGGGCUUCUUUUGGCGAUCCGAUCACGAAGGGCCAAUCACCACCGAGACCCAUCCCGGGCGCUGGUUUACUUGGGGGUUCUCAAGCGAUAGCGGCAGCCAGGCCGCCACCGCCGAGACCGACGAAACAGCGCCGACCCUCCGACGAGACGAGACUAGUGAACAAGAAGGCCUCGCCGCCGCGCCAAGGCGCGUCGUUACUCCACAACGAGCUCGCGUCCCAGGAGAAGCGCCAGCAAACCUCCAAAGCGUCGCGGGUCCACCAGGAGGACCCCGACCGGCUCGCCGACGCGCCCGCGCACCUGCGGUUUGUGAAUCCGUUCCGUAAGGACGACGAAUUUGAUGUCCUCCAGCGACUCAGUCACAAUAGGAGGAGGUGGUCCCACGUCUUCCCGGACGGCGAGGACGAGUUUCAGUUGGCCGAGGCUGGCAGGGUGCCGGGCCCCAAUUGGCGUUCACUGAGUACACCAGCAGUACUACCCGUCGAGACCGACGUAUUGCCGGAGGAUUUUGGGAGAGCCAACGCCUUCGAGGAGGCGAACCAUUCGAUUGUCUUUACGGUGAGUACGGACGAAGCGGCGGCCGAGACGGUCGCGCAGAUGGUCGCGCAAAGGAUCGCGGGCGAUUAUCAGCUCGUCGAAGAUGCCCAAGAAAGGCCACCCUCGCUCAGAAGGGACGCGUCGCAGCCCACGCUCGAGGGCCGCGUCGCGCAACAGAUGGACCGGUCCCUGCACAACGCGCGCGACUUGUUUCCCCCGUCGCAACGGCGGCGGUCGAGAACCCAGAAGCCGUCGAUCUACACGUUGUCGAUGGGCCAUCGCAUACAAGUAUUAGCUUAUAAUCGCGUCGAGCGACGAGUGGAUGUAAGGGCCUACCGGUCAAGAUUCGGUUCAAAUGCGGACCCGGCCAACAGGUUCGAUUACCAGUAUGGACUGUGGUGCGGCGAGACGGGGACCUUCGAGACGAAGAAACAGACGUUUCUGAAAUAUCCCGCGCCGGAGACGAACUGGAACACUUUAGAUCAGGUCUUGGCGGGCUAUCUGCCGCCGUCUGUCACUCUGGAGUCGGUCAAACUAAGAAGGGUACUGUUAGCGGUCGUGCCGCCUCGACUCCAAGACGAUCUGGAGGGCGACGACUACGCGACGCGCUUUUCUAAAUUCGAGGCGUUCCUAAAUGGUAAAAGACGCCAGGGUGAAGCUCCACUAGAUGUGGGUCGGGUCGAAGGUAGCACUUCGCUAUACCGAAGACCUCGGUUACUAGGACUAGGAUUAGAAAGCGACGGCGGCUGGCGCGACGAGUGGCUCGCUCUUGAAUGUGACUCUGUGGUCGCUAGAGACCGGUGUUAUCGAUUAGCAUUACAUUGGUUACUCUGCUCGGGGCAUGUGGUGGGAGACUUUCUCCAAGCUGUCAGAAGGCGAGCGACGCAGCUGCGCUUGACACUAGUACAAGUGCCGGAGUACACGGUCCGGGUCAAUAUCCAUCCCUUCAUCGCGCACGUGCCCAUCCUGAACGGCGCUCUUAAGUCUCAAAAGGUGUCGGCGGCCGUCGAGCGGGCGCUGACGGCUCGGCUAGAUUUCGUGCGGGAUUCCGCAUCAGCAGUGGCAGCCUCGUCGGCGGCGCAGCGGACGCCUCGAAAUGGCACAAAGGGGGUCGUGACGCGGCAGUACGUGCACCGAGGCGGCGCGGCCUUCGUGCGGGCGGACGACGGCGGUGGGUUGCUGUGGAUCCGCAAUCGACUUAGGAGGGAGACGGGGCCCGCGGCGGAAUUACUCAAGAGUUUGAGGGCCCACGCCGCCGUCUUACGAGCGCUGGUGUCCGUCGUCGAUUCAAUAGGCCUGCCCGAGGAGAAGACCUCUACAAUUGUGGACCGCGUCGCGGACUAUUUAGUAGCGGCGCCGGACGAGGACGCGCCCGUGCCCUCGUCGCGCCUCGCCUCGGACACGCCCAUGCGCCGGCCCGACUCGCCGGGCGUCUUGGAGCGCGUCGCGUCGAUGCAGACGCCGGCGAAGGACUCGCGGCCGCCGACGCCGGUACCUCCAUCCGCUGGUGGCUCUCCGCUCGGUGGGUCGUCGAGUGGGAGAAAACCUAGCUCUCCCGUCGGCAUCGGGUCGAGCGGCCGGAAGCUGGACCUAUUGUAGAGUAAUCUGUUGGUG